GGAAAAUAUCAGCCCUUUUUCUUCUAUUCACAGGUUCUUCUUUAUGCUCUCUCAUUGUUGUUUCUGUGAUUCUUCGUCUGUGAUUGUUUCGUGGUGAGCUCAACACCAUAGCUUGUAUCACAACUUUGACAAUAACCAUCAAUCUUUCACAAUGCCACACUUCACGAUCCCUCGCCUCCAAACACUCAGCAAACCAAAGUUCCUCAAUGGCAUACCAAAUAAUAGUAUCUUUGCUAUAGCGACUCUCAUCGCAGUCAAUGCCCUGGUAUGGAUCGCUGCAGGCAUCGUUCUGCACUUCCAUCCGCGCCUAAUCUCGCCAGCUGCUCUCUCAUAUGUUCUUGGUCUUCGCCAUGCCUUGGACGCAGACCACAUCGCAGCUAUUGACCUGAUGACACGUCGUCUCAUAGCAUCAGGUCAGCGCCCAGCUACAGUGGGGACAUUCUUCUCGCUCGGUCAUAGCACAAUCGUCAUAGUAACAUGCAUUGUCGUCGCAGCUACGAGCGGCGCUUUAAGGGAAAGGUUCGAUGGAUUUCAGCACGUAGGAAAUAUAGUUGGCACGAGUGUCAGUGCCACAUUUCUUAUAAUUCUCUGUAUAGGAAAUGGCUGGGUUCUGUACAAGCUCAUCCAGCGCUUGCAAACACUUCUGCAAGAGCGGAGAAAUCAAGUUCGACUCGAAGGAUUCGUUGAGGAGGAAACUCAGAUUCAGGAUCACUUUGCUCUAGAGGGAGGAGGGUUUUUGACACGAGUCUUCAAAAGGUUGUUUCGAGUUAUUGACAGACCUUGGAAAAUGUACCCCCUAGGCGUGGUAUUCGGUCUUGGGUUCGACACAAGCUCAGAGAUUGCGAUACUGGGUAUUGCGAGCAUUCAGGCGGUGCAAGGGACAAGUAUCUGGUUGAUUUUAAUUUUUCCUAUUCUCUUCACAGCUGGCAUGUGCAUGCUCGACACCACAGACGGAGCCCUCAUGAUGGCCCUAUACACGUCAAAAGCGUUCUCAAGAGACGUGGUGGCUAUCCUGUACUAUUCCAUCGUCCUCACAGGAAUUACAGUCGUGGUAUCAGCAUUCAUCGGCAUCGUCCAGGUCCUCUCCCUGAUACAGAACGUCGCAGACCCUCAGGGACGUUUCUGGGAUGGAGUUUCCUCUAUCGGCGACCACUUCGAUAUUGUGGGAGGGAGCAUCUGUGGAGUAUUCCUGAUCGUGGGCCUGGGAUCAAUUUUUUUAUACAAACCUUGGAGAAGGCGCGUGGAGAGGCAACAGCAAAGCUUGAUUCAGACUCCAGAGCCCUCUUUGGACGCUCAAUCGCCUGCGCCUUCGACAGAGCGUGAGGAUGGCGGAUUUGUUCAGGCACAGAGAAUUGUUUAGCUUUUUGAUUUCUGGACAUGGGAUUGGUAGUGGAAGCUGAUUGAGCUAGCUGUGUCGAUACGUGGAGAUUGUAUAUAUCAAUACGUGCGGCUUCUCUCUGGCUUGCAUCAUUGGCCAUGCGGUUUUAGCUCUUUGCGGUAAUUUGGUAAAUAUUGUGGUGUUGAGACUCUAAUUAGCAACUAUGAGCUUAUAUUCGACAAGAAUGAAGGAGGUACUCCUUAGUACUUGCCACAUCAAUAAGGUAUAAGAAGGC